AUGUCUUCAGCAUCAGAAAAGCCAAUCGUUCUUAUUACUGGUAUCACCGGAUUCUUGGCUGCUCAUGUAUUAGAUGCAGCUUUAGCAGCACCUGAAGGAUUCCGUGUUCGUGGAACAUUGAGAAGUUUAUCAAAGAAGGAUGAAUUGUUAAAUCGUCUCUCAAAAGCAGACCGGGAGCGAGUGGAACUUGUUGAAGUAAAGAAAACUGAAGCAAGCGAUUUAUCAGAAGCAGUACGUGGUGUAACCUACAUCGCACAUACAGCAAGUCCUUAUCAAUUAGCCGUUGAAGAUGUUGAACGUGAUUUACUCGUUCCAGCAAUCGAAGGUACAUUGAAUCUUUUGCGCUAUGCAGCAAAAGAGCCAUCUGUCAAGCGUAUUGCAAUCACUAGUAGUUUUGCUGCCGUAGUCGAUUUCACAAAAGAUGGUCCAAACAGACCCGGAUACACGUACACACAAAAGGAUUGGAACCCAUUCGGAAGAGACGAUGCAAAAGGACCGGUGGCCUACUCUGUCUCUAAGACGUUGGCAGAACGUGCAGCUUGGGAUUUCGUCGAAAAGGAAAAGCCUGGCUUCAAGAUUGCAGCUUUCAAUCCUCCAAUGAUUUACGGUGCAACAUUACAACCUGCCGUCAAUCUUUCUAACCUCAAUACCUCGUCUAAAGCGAUUUAUUCCUUAAUCUCAAACUUGGACGAAGUACCUGCAGAUCGCUUACCUCUUUUCUGUCAUGGCCGCGAUGUAGGUGAUGCUCAUAUUCGCUGGUUAGCAUCAGACUCUGCUCCAAGUCAACGUUAUUUACUCUUCGGCGGUCCGUACAAUUGGGCAUCUUCGUUGGAACACUUGGCCAAGAGCAAACCUGAAUUGGUCAAAAGAUUCCCAAAAGGAUACGAACAAGCGAUUGCAAACAAGAAAGAUCCAAAAACAUCCUAUGCCAGCUUGGACACUACGCCUGCUGAGAAAGAACUUGGAAUGAAGUUCCGCGGUUGGGAACAAACGUUAGAUGAAAGUAUCGAUAGUCUUUUGGAAUUGGAAAAGAGACCAAAUUGGAAAUAAGAAAUGUAUAUAAUCAUUGAUAGGGUAUUAAUUAUAUGAAAUUUUAUGGUUUCCAAAUCUUUGC